GUGUCACAAAGGGGAGACUUGGCGCCUGCGCAAUCUUGUGCGUUCCCAGUAUCCAUUGCAGGAAAGGACGCCCCGGAAGUCAUACGACUGGAUAAUAUGGAUUAUAUUCUAUAAUAUACACACCAAUCUCGCUCAUUGAAAAUAGUCCCGCCGUCCAUGUAUAUACUGUCAAUGAAUCCGGCGAAAAUUGGCUCCAACCGAACACGCCCAGUUUUCGACGCAUUCCGACAAAAUUCGGCUCUAGCCGACCAAACCCCUUCUCUCAUCGUGGUGAAAGUGUCCCCGACAGACAGAUGCAGUGCUUUGGGUCGUGGUCAGGUGUGUGCUGAUGUCAGUGAUGGGACUCCCAGAGUGCUUUGUUGUUGCUGCGAGACAGUUCUUGACAUCAGGAAAGAAGAAAUUCUUGUCGGUGCCUUCAUGCUUGAGCCUUGCUGUCCAGGUCUUAGCUGUAGAUUCAGGUCUGAAGCCUGCAAUGGUGUAUGACACAAACUCAGCAGGACCAGAUCAGGUCCAGCGGUACCUUGACAAGCUGCGAGCAUUGGGCCAUGUGAAAAAUGCAGUACGCAUAGUCACAAUCGACGAUAAUAUCCUUAUUAUAAAUUUAGAUCUGAUUAUCAUGCACUUGGAAGAGCUUCUCCUGAAAAAGAAUGUUGCUGUAAUUGACGUGUCCAAGUCUAGGGACCAGCCUGCACUGGCUACAAUGGAAUCCAGUGGCAUUGAGGAGUCGAUGCAGGGAAUUCUGCAUAGUAUGAGAACAUUGGAGAGGGACAGCCUAGUGGUCCCUGCAGUAGGAGAGCAGUUGUGUGCUGGAUGGAACUUAUGCUCUGUGUAUGGGAUCCUCCUGGGCUUCCCAGCCACCUAUUGGUUUGACCAGAAGAGGAGCUUUGAGAACUGCCUGAGCAUGGUGCCGCUGGUGGUCACCACGGCAAGGGCUUCCUGGGAUGCCGUUGCCGGGGGCUACAAGCAGGUUUUCUCCUCCUUCAGCAUCCCACAACUGCUAAUAAAAGAGACUCAGCCCUUAUUGGACUCAUGGACAGAAAAACUGCAAGAGCGAUUCAGUCAACAGUCCACCUUCUCUGCACUUACCGUUUCCACAGAGACGGUCCGAUUGCCCUCUCUUUCCCUCUGACUGACUUCAUGUCCAAAUAUUUUAGAAUAAGUAUUUUACAGAAAAAUUACCAAAUGUCUCAGCAAUUACUUCUGGCUGUUACAGAAACAUACACUUGAUUAAUCAAUUCAGAUCAUUUAAAUGGGGUGUUGCAAAUUCCAGUUUUGUUCUUGUCACAUCAGCACACAUCAACAUUUGACAAUAAAUAGGUUAUGGAUCCAAUGAAUGAUGGCUGAGAAGUCAAAUGAGUUCAUUUUAAUGGGAUCCAUGCCCUGUACAAGACUCAUACAGUAUUUGGAUUUAUGGGUCACUCAUCUUGGAUUGUAAUCAAGACCAUCACAGAGCAGUGUGAAUCCUAACAUCACACAAUAAUCACUUUCUGGUGCUUGUAUUGUGCAAUCAUGUUGAGUGCAUCUUGGCCCUGUUAAAUAAAUUUAAAUGUAUACUU